AUGGCGCCUUCGAAGUACUCAGAACACAUUCUAGCGUAUGAGAUGUGCGCAGUCAGCUACCAGAGCCAGAGACGUCGCACGGACUUGCAGAGCCUCAACCAGGUCGUCUCCAGCCUGGUCUCGGCGUUCGUCAAAAUCGCGUGGCGCGGCAUGGAGCCCUGGAUCCAUUGCACCAACGGGAAAGAGACACUCACCCGCGUGGCCGCAUGGCGCAUUUCUCCCAGCCCGGAGACCCUAGCGGCUAUACCUCCGGCGCUGUUGCCCACGCAGCUACAAGCUGCUGUUCCACACCCUCCCGUGAUCGAUUGGUGUAUUUUCGCCUUUCUAAGGGACAAGCUCAUCCAGUACCACUCUUCGGAUCCCGCGCUGGACGACAUCUGCGGCGAGAUCGGUCUGGCAUAUGUGGUCCAGGCCGAUCUCUCCGAGUUCGUGGUCGGCGCAGAACCUCUAACAGUCCACUUCAGCAUCCAUGAUAUCAUCUGGGGCAUGCAGAACAAUCCCAAGUUAGUGGCAGAUGGUGAUGCUUGCGGCCCAAAGCCAGAGGUCAAGCUCCCAGCACCGGACCUGUACACGCUCUUGCACACCAGGGAAUACGCGCAGCGGGUCUACCAUCAACUCGGGAUCGGGCGAGGAAUCCAAGAAUACCAUCUGGAUCCUAGUCUGUUCGCGAGGUACCCGCACCUCUACGAACCGAGUGCCAAAGUGGCUCAUGGGAUCGCCCUCAGGUCGUCUAACAAGAUCGCCUGGCCUACUCCUCAACCUCUUGAUGACGUGGCAAUGAACUGCUAUCGCAGGUGUGCAUCUUACUAUACCGGUCGCACCGGACCGCUCCACAGGUCAACGGAGCUGAUCGGCUUGUGUGACAAUGCUUAA